AAAUUACUCGUACUCGCCAACUACAGAAAUACUAGGGUUCGAGCCGCCUACCCCCUCCCCCUCGGCCCGGCUCCCAUGAGCGAUCUCGGUGCGCGGCCGCUGCCGACGGCGGCAGAGGUGGUGGGGCGCCUCAAGGACGACGGAGACUUCGACGCCCUCCGCCGAGCCAUCGUCCGCAAGGUCAAGGACAACGAGGUGCUACGCAACACCAUCAUCUCAGAGGUAAAGCAGUCUUUGGUACUAAAAGAAGAUGGAUCCGAGAAGUUAAAACUAAAAGACCUUUCUGAUGCAAUUUAUCAAGAUAUUGGGAGCAAAAUAAUGGGUCAAAUCUCGGAUGAGGUAUGGAAUGUCAUCCAGUCCAAUGAAACUGAUAUACGGGGAACUGUGGAAGCUGUCUACAAUAGGAUCGUGAACCCUAAAAAGGACCCUGAUCCUUCUUCCAAGAAGCUGAAGAGGAAUGGCAAAGAGGAACAAGUUUUGGCAGCAAAAACACCAACUGCUGCUGCAGUUGAGGUGGAAGAUGAUGAUCCGGAGGAACCGCCAGGAUUUGGUUUCAGUAAUACUCAGCGUAAUAAUACCACAGCAACGACAGCGCAGCAACAGCAGCAGCCCUCAAAUUUGGAAAAUCAUAAUGAAGUUAAGCCAAAUGGAGAUGAGCCUGUUAUUGGCAGCUCAGGGGUUUGUGAUGAUGAGGAUCCUGAUGUGCCCCCUGGAUUUGGUUAACGCAGUUUGCAAACUUUAAUGACAGAGCAGUUGUUUCUUUGUCAGUAAUGUACAUGAAGAGAGAUGUUUUAGCUUACAUUUUUAGCUUAAAGUGGUACCGCUGUUCACAUGAAUCUUGAGUCCUGAAACGGGUCUCAUGGUGGUUAGUCGAUACUGCCCUUGGCUCUGUAUUUGUCAGGAGCAAUCUGUGCGUAGUUUCAAUUUGCGCUU